CAUCAACAUGCCAAGUCGUUGUGUGGCAGCUGGAUGUAGCAAUACAUCUAGUGAAAGUGUAUCUGUGUAUAAAUUCCCAAAACAAGAAACGCUGCUGAAACAAUGGACAAAACAAGUGCAGCGAACGAGGGCGAAUUGGGUGCCAACUGCUUCGUCAACUUUAUGCAGCGAACAUUUUGAGGCAGACUGUUUUGAAGAAAAACCACAGCUCAUGAAAGAUAUGGGAAUGCAUGUCAGAUAUAAAAAAGUAUUGAAACCAAACGCAAUCCCCACCAUUUUCAAGAGAUCGCUAGUGGGAACGUCCGAAACAGAAACGCCCAGUACCAGCUCUGGCAGCAGCCAGUACAAAAAGAGAAAAUCGGUGACCGAAAAGCUGGCACAAAAGAGAGAGUACAUGAUGAAUGACAGCUCUAACCAGGAGAGAGCCUCCAGUUUGGACCAAGCAGAACCAGAACCUCCACAAUUCAAAGAGGAACCAGAGGAACUGUGCAUUAAUCAGGAGGAAGAGUCGCUCUGGCUGAAUCAGGAUGCUGAUGUAAAUGCAGAAUUAAAGUCUAAAUGUGAAGAGAAUUUCAGAGAUUGUAAAAGGAUUAUGUUUCAGUUCAAGGAACUGUCACAUUAUCAGUACUGCCUGGGGAUCAGAAAUGCUGAGACAGACUUACACAAAACAGAUGUUCAACAGCAGCAUCUGUGUGAGGAUGAGAAUAAAUGGCACCUCCAUAAACGGGAGAGACAUUCCAGUCUGGACCAAGCAGAACCAGAACCUCUACAGAUUAAAGAAGAACCUGAGAAACUCUGCAGUAACCAGGAGGGAGAGCAGCUGCUCCUGAAUCAGGAGACUGAUGUGAAGAUGGAGUUCAAGUCUGAUUUGUUGGAUCAUCAGCAUCACCAGAGGAAGAUCACCAUGAUUCCUGUCAUAAAGCUGGAACGAAUAGACCCCUCAGAGAAAAACAUCUGUAAGGAGGAGACUGAUGAUGAGCAGCUUCUCUGGAAGCAGGAGAGGAGCUCCAGUCUGGAUGAAGAGAAACCAGAGCUUCCACUGAUCAAAGAGGAGUGGGAGGAGGUCUGCAUUGGUGAGGAAGGAGAGGAGCUGGAACUGAAGGAGGAGACUGAUGAUUUCAUGGUCACUGAGGAUGAUCAGGAAAACAUGGACUCCAACCCCGAACCAAUUGAGAACCCAGUUCUGGAAGCAAACAGCCAGUUCAGAAACAGUGAUGCUGUGAUUGUCCAGCUGGACUCUCCUUCAGAUUCUCAUGUGAAGGAGAGUUCAGCUGUCUUAUGUCAGUCAUAUUCCUGUGACACAUGUGGAAACAUUUUACCUCAACAUAGUGAUUCAAUACACACGUCUGAAAGGCCUUAUUCUUGUAAUGUUUGUGAAAAAAGUUACUCUCAAAGUUCUACCUCAAAAGCUCAUAUGAAAACCCCUACAGGUAAGAAACCUUUUUCUUGUAAGGUAUGUAAAAAAAAUUUCACUCAAAGGAAAAAUGUCAAACUCCACAUGAGAACUCACACAGGUGAAAGGCCAUAUUCUUGUAAAGUUUGUGAAAAAAGUUUUACUCAGAAUUCUUCCUUAAAUGUUCACAUGAGAAUUCACACGGGUGAGAGGCCCUUCACUUGUGAAGUGUGUGAAAAAAGUUUCACUAAAGGUAGUGACUUGAAAACCCACAUGAGAACUCACACAGGUGAGAGGCCCUUUUCCUGUCACAUUUGUAACAAAGGUUUCAUCCAUUCAGGUGGAUUGACCUUACACAUGAGAACUCACACAGGUGAAAGGCCUUUUACUUGUAAACUAUGUCAAAAGGGUUUCAUGCAAAGCAGUGCCUUAAAGGCCCACAUGAGGACUCACACAGGCGAAAGGCCUUUUAUUUGUAAAGUAUGUGAAAAAACCUUUUCUCAAAGUACUAAAUUAAAAGCCCACAUAAGAACUCACACAGCUGAGAAGCUUUUUCCGUGUGACAUUUGUAAGAAAGUUUUUGUCUCCUUGAGAAAUUUGACCUAUCAUAUGAGAACUCACACAGGUGAAAGGCCUUAUUCUUGUAAAGUUUGUCAAAAAUGUUUUACGCGAAGUAGUUCCUUAUGUGCCCACAUGAAAACUCACACAGGUGAAAGGCCACGUGUAGUAAACCAAAACACUUCUGUCACGCUAAUUGUUUAACCCUUGUGUUAUCCAAGGCACUUUAACAUUGAGAGUGGGGUCAUCUAGACCCCACAAUACAAUACGGUAAACCUUUUUUCUUAAAUGAUUUGUGAUCU